UCGAGGAUUUGUUUUGUCCCAAGUGGCGCCCGUGGAGAACUGUAGCGGGGCAGGCCAUGCCUUCCAAGGGUCGCUGCUGGGAGACCCUGCAGGCGCUGCGCAGGUCUGACAAAGGUCGCCUUUGCUACCACCGCGAUUGGCUGCUGCGGGGCGAGGAUGUUUUAGAAGAAUGUAUGUCUCUUCCCAAGCUGUCUUCUUACUCUGGAUGGGUAGUAGAUCAUGUCCUACCCCAUAUGCAAGAGGACCCACCUCCCUCUGAGACUUCAACAUCCCCUAGUUCUACUUCAGCCCUCGGCCAACCUUCAUUUGUUCCCAAAUCUCCUGUCAGAGACCCUGCCUUCCCACCAGCCUCCUCAGCAACACCAAAUGGAACCAAGGACAAAUAUGAGUCUCAGCAUACAGAACCUAUGGUACUUCAGUCCUCCCGGGGGAUCAAAGUGGAAGGCUGCAUCCGAAUGUAUGAGCUGCUGCACAGAAUGAAAGGAGCAGAGGGCUUGAGGCAGUGGCAGGAGGAGCAGGAGAGGAAGGUGCGGGCCCUCUCUGAGAUGGCAUCUGAGCAGCUGAAGCGGUUUGAUGAACGGAAGGAACUGAAGCAUCAUAAAGAAUUCCAGGACUUACGGGAAGUGAUGGAGAAGAGCUCCAGAGAAGCCCUGGGGCAGCAAGAGAAGCUGAAAGCUGAGCAUCACCACAGGGCGAAGAUUCUCAACCUGAAGCUGCGGGAGGCGGAGCAGCAGCGCCUGAAGCAAGUGGAGCAGGAGCGGCUUCGGAAGGAAGAAGGCCAGAUCCGCCUGCGGAACCUCUACGCCCUGCAGGAGGAGGUGCUGCACCUCAGCCAGCAGCUGGACUCCUCCGACCAGCACAGAGACCUGCCAGAGGUCGACCUGUCUGCCUUCCGGAUCCGAGGCAACCAGCUGUGCGGCCUCAUCUCAGGGAUCAUCCGGGCCACUUCUGAGUACGCGGGCCUCUCACUGUUGUGGCCUCUCCCGUUGCGGAGCACAGGCUCCGGACGCACAGGCUCAGCGGCCAUGGCUCACAGGCCCAGCCACUACGCGGCACGCGGGAUCUUCCCGGACCGGGGCACAAACCCGUGUCCUCUGCAUCGGCAGGUGGACUCUCAACCACUGCGCCACCAGGGAAGCCCUGAUAUGAACGGCUUUCCCACAGCAGAGGAGCAAGCUGUGGCUGAGAGAGCGCUGCAGGAAAUGCGGGACCUCCUUGUGAACUUGCAGCAGGAAAUCGCCAGGGCCUGUGAGGACAGGAGGAGGCAGGAUGAAGAGGAGGCCCGGGUAAAGCGGCAAGAGUCACAGGUGCAGCAGGGGCCAGAGGUCCGCAAAGAGCCCCCAGCUUCCAGGCAGGGCCCAGGAGGGAAACUGAAUGAAGACCUCCAGGUGAAGGUGCAAGAUAGUACAAUGCAGUGGUACCAGCAGCUGCAGGAGGCCUCCAGUCAGUGUGUGUUGGCCUUUGAGGGACUGAGCAACAGCAAAGACAGUCAGGCCAAAAAGAUCAAGAUGGACCUCCAGAAGGCUGCCACCAUUCCAGUGAGCCAAAUCUCCACCAUUGCAGGCUCGAAGCUGAAGGAGAUCUUUGACAAGAUCCACAGCUUACUCUCUGGAAAACCCGUUCAGUCUGGUGGGCGCUCUGUGUCCGUCACACUUAACCCACAGGGCCUGGACUUUGUCCAGUACAAACUGGCAGAGAAAUUUGUGAAACAAGGGGAGGAGGAAGUGGCCUCCCAUCACGAAGCAGCGUUCCCCAUCGCAGUCGUGGCAUCCGGGAUCUGGGAGCUCCACCCCAGAGUCGGGGACCUCAUCCUUGCUCAUCUGCACAAGAAGUGUCCUUACUCUGUUCCUUUCUAUCCAGCUUUCAAAGAGGGAAUGGCUUUGGAAGAUUAUCAGAGGAUGCUUGGCUACCAAGUGACGGAUUCCAGAGUAGAACAGCAAGACAACUUUCUAAAACGCAUGUCUGGGAUGAUCCGUCUCUACGCUGCCAUCAUCCAGCUCCGGUGGCCGUAUGGAAACCGACAAGAGAUUCACCCUCAUGGCUUAAAUCAUGGCUGGCGCUGGUUGGCACAGAUCUUAAACAUGGAGCCCCUGUCAGAUGUGACAGCCACCCUCCUCUUUGAUUUCUUGGAGGUGUGUGGGAAUGCCCUCAUGAAGCAGUACCAGGUCCAGUUCUGGAAGAUGAUACUUCUCAUCAAAGAGGACUACUUCCCCAGGAUUGAAGCCAUCACCAGCUCAGGAGAGAUGGGUUCCCUCAUACGCCUCAAGCAGUUCUUGGAGAAAUGUUUGCAGCGCAAGGAGAUUCCUGUCCCCAAGGGCUUUCUGACUUCCUCCUUCUGGCGUUCCUGAUGUUACUCCGUCGCCCACCGUCACCAUUUUGUUGCAAAGGGACAAUAAUAAAGCAACUGAAGACAGCUGUAUUUGGGAGAAGUCAUGUCAAUAUGUGUUUUGUGUAUUUGUACCUUGUGACUAGAAGAGCAGAUUUUCAUGGGUCACACAUCUAAGAGGUCCUCUAGUAGAUGUGAUGACUCCUUAAAGGGGUCCACAUGACAGAGUAAGCAGAAUUGGCCUUUCUCAUUUUUGCAAAAAAUUUGAAAAAAAAAUUAUGAGAAGAGUUUAGCACUUGA